AUGUCGAAUCCAUCACAUCCGGAAUCGCGAACAAUCGAAACCUCGGUCUUGAUCUCUGCUCCGCUCUCGACGGUACACGCUGUUCUGCUCGACUUUGCGUCGUACCCAAGUUGGUCGAGCUUCAUCACCUUCAUCCAGCCUGUGGAGAAGAAAGAAGCGAUUGAGAUUGGCGAUAAGCUGAAUGUCACAAUUCAUCCACCCAGCGGGUCGGCUAUGGCGCUCAUUCCCACUAUUGUGCAUAAGGACGAGAAGGGAUUUGGAUGGCAAGGUCAUCUUGCCAACAUCAGCGGACUAUUCGAUGGCAAGCAUUUGUUCUUGCUGGAAGAACAAGAAACGGAGGAGGGAAAGAAGGAAACCAGGCUGGUGCACAGGGAAGAGUUCGGUGGAGUAUUGUAUACUCCCUUGAUGAGCUGGUUGGGACUGGGCGCUAAGACUAGGAAUGGGUUCGAGGCAUUCAACAUCGCUCUCAAGACGAAGGCGGAGCAGAUAGCGGCAGAAGCCAAGCAGACAGAAGAGAGCUCAGGAUCAAGAAUGGCCUCACAUAUCGGAUAG